CACACACCAAGAGUGUAGAGAGAGAAAGUAGAGAGAGAGGGGGGGGCGUAGAGGUAGGAGAAAGGGUAGAGAGAGAGAGUGUGUGUGUGGAGAGAGAAAGAGACAGAUCAGGAACACAUUCUCUUUUUUCUCAUUGUCAUGCGAUCUUUAGAGAGAGGGAGGGGUUGGCUCAUUCAGCUAAAGGCACUGUGUUGAAAAAGUGAUCAAUAAUUGAUUCUUUUGGUUGUUGUUUCGAGGGAAGAGGAGGUUGAUGAAUGUAAUGUGAUUAAGGAUGUGCAAACAGUGAUGGCGCACGAUUUUUUGGCUGUUGUUUAAUGGGUCUUUGUGCUUGAUUUCUUAGAAUAUCAGAGAUCUUCCGUCUCACAGAGUGGUUGAAAAUGAGCUGGAACCCACAAAUGGAAGUUCACUACGCAAACACUACAUUUCCUUAUAAUUCUGCUGGAAGCUUUAUCAAUUUCUUUGAAGGUCUUGCAUAUGAACAUGUGAAUUUCAUUUUUGCUGAUGCUUUGCAUGCUCAGGAGAGCAUGUACCCUUCAAUGCAUAUGAGUAUGUACAAGUUUGGGUUAUCCGAACCAGGGAGUGUUUCAUACUAUGAUCAUAGUUAUGCUCCUCUGGUCAAUGAUCAUUCACUGGGAAUUGAUGAAUACAAUAGACAAUUGGAGAACUCUUCAACAAUGACUAAUGAACAGACUGCAGCUGUACAUACACAGUGGGAAGAAAAUUUAAGCACAAAUGAACCUGCUGAUCCCGUAGAAUGUCCCCAGAGUCAUCACAAUGCUCGUGAUAAUCAGGUUAUUUGGCAAGACAACGUUGAUCCUGACCACAUGACUUAUGAGGAAUUACUUGAGUUAGGUGAGGCAGUUGGAACUCAAAGCCGUGGUCUUUCCCAAAAUCUUAUCUCCUUGCUUCCCAUCUCAAAGUUCAAGCGUGGCCUCUUCUCAAGAAAGAAAUCAAGAAAUGAGAGGUGUGUAAUUUGCCAGAUGGAAUAUAAACGAGGUGACCGGCAGAUGACCCUUCCGUGCAAACAUGUCUAUCAUGCUGAUUGUGGUACAAGAUGGCUUAGCAUCAACAAGGCUUGCCCCAUUUGUUACACUGAGGUGUUUGGUGACUCGUCGAAAACACUAACAAAUUAGAGAGAUACUGAGCAUAAAGAGAAGUGGCUUCAUUUGUUUUUGGUUCGUCUUCCUAUUCUUCUUUUAGGUUUUCAUUUCUUCACACAGAAUGUUACUUGCGGUCAUCGUUGUUGUCUUCAGUAGAUCUACCUUUCUAUUUGCUUUUGUAAUAAAUGAAGUCCAUAAACCUUGUACUUGAUGGUUUUGCCGGUGAGGUUGGAAUUUGUAUCACUACGUUUUUUACAGUUUUGCUAUUAAAGUUGAAUGCUUAUAGCAAUUACCC